AUGUCUGAUUCAUCACUCACUAUAAACUUCAUUAACUUUAAUCAAACCGGAACAUGUAUCUCCCUUGGGACGUCGAAAGGGUUCAAAAUAUUCAAUUGUGAGCCAUUCGGAAAAUUUUAUUCAGAGGACAGUGGUGGCUAUGCUAUUGUCGAGAUGCUAUUCUCCACGUCAUUGCUGGCUCUGGUUGGGAUAGGUGAUCAACCUGCACUUUCACCAAGGAGAUUGCGUAUAAUAAAUACGAAAAAACAUUCUAUUAUCUGUGAGGUGACUUUCCCCACCUCUAUUCUGAGUGUGAAGAUGAAUAAGUCUCGUCUGGUCGUACUUUUGCAGGAGCAGAUUUAUAUUUAUGAUAUCAACACUAUGAGAUUAUUGCAUACUAUAGAAACGAACCCUAACCCACGUGGCCUUAUGGCUAUGUCUCCUUCAGUAGCUAACAGCUAUUUAGUUUAUCCAUCACCACCAAAAGUCAUCAACUCAGAAAUUAAGGCUCACGCUACUACCAACAAUAUUACAUUAUCGGUUGGUGGCAACACGGAGACCGGUUUCAAGAGAGACCAGCAAGACAUUAGCCAUAUUGACGCUAAUGACUUGGAUCAGUAUUCAAGCUUUACUAAGAGGGAUGACUCAGAUCCAACAAACAGUAACGGUGGUAACAGCAGUAUAAUAAAGAAUGGUGACGUGAUUGUAUUUAACUUGGAAACAUUACAACCCACAAUGGUGAUCGAAGCUCAUAAGGGCGAGAUUGCUGCAAUGGCAACUAGUUUUGAUGGAACAUUAAUGGCUACCGCUUCUGAUAAAGGAACUAUCAUAAGAGUUUUUGACAUUGAAACGGGUGAUAAGAUUUACCAGUUUAGGAGAGGGACGUACGCGACAAAGAUUUACUCCAUAUCAUUCAGCGAAGAUAGUCAAUAUUUGGCGGUCACUGGCUCUUCCAAAACAGUGCAUAUCUUCAAAUUAGGACAUUCAAUGAGUAACAACAGACCGGACAGCGAUGAUAGUAAUUUGGAGGAAGCUACAGCCGAUGACUCAUCACUAGACACCAACAGUAUCGACGCACUAAGUGACGAUGAAAACUCAAGACUCGCAAGAGAACCGUAUGUGGACGCCUCAAGAAAAACGAUGGGUAGGAUGAUACGUUACUCUUCUCAAAAACUAUCUCGAAGGGCUGCCAAGACACUGGGACAGAUUUUUCCCAUCAAAGUAACUUCGCUACUAGAAUCUUCGCGCCACUUUGCGUCGUUGAAACUUCCCAUCGAGACGAAUUCUCAUGUAAUGACCAUAUCAAGUAUAGGCUCUCCUAUAGAUAUAGACACAUCCGAGUAUCCGGAACUUUUCGAGACGGGCAGUUCCGCAGGUACAGAAUCCUAUCACGAUCCCAUUAUUAAGAUGAUCCCCAUCAGAGUAGUUUCUUCGGAUGGAUACCUGUACAACUUCGUCAUGGAUCCGGAAAGAGGCGGCGAUUGCUUAAUACUAUCCCAGUAUUCCAUUUUGAUGGAUUGA